AUCGCCGGUCCGCUGUGUCCCUCGGACACAGCGGAUCACAGAAAGAGCCAAAGAUGUCGGCUCGGUCAUGUGAUCAGCUGUGUCCAAUCACAGCUGAUCACAUGGGACAUGUACACUGAUCAUCAGGGCACUGAUGAUCAGUGUGCCCGGAUGAUCAGUGUGGCCCCAGAAGUGCCACCUGUCAGUGCUCAUCAGUGCCAGUGCCCAUUAGUGCCACGUGCCAGUGCCACAUCAAUGCCACAUAUUAGUGCAUACCAGUGCACAUCAAUGCCACAUAUCAGUGCCCAUCUGAGCUGCCUUUCAAUGUCACCCAUCAGUGCCAGUCAGUGCCACCUAUCAAUGCCAAUCAGUGCCACCUAUCAGUGCUGCCAAUCAGUGCCGCCUAUCAGUGCCAGUCAGUGCCGCCUAUCAGUGCCAGUCAGUGCCGCCCAACAGUGCCAGUCAGUGCUGCCUGACAGUGCCAGUCAGUGCCGCCUAUCAGUGCCAUAUAUCAGUUUCAUGUAUCAGUGCUGCCUUUGAGUGCCCAUCAGUGAUGCCUGUCAAUGCCCAUCAGUGCAACCUACCAUUGCCUCCUCAUCAGUGCCCAUCAGUGUCACCUAUCAGUGUCCAUCAGUGCAGCCUAUCAGUGCCCAUCACUGCAGCCUCAUUAGUGCACAUCAGUGAAGUUUUUGUAUAACAAAAACUAAGAAAAAACUUUUUUUUUUUCACAAUUUUCAGUGAUUUUUGGUUUGUUUAAGA